AUGUCAUCAUCUGGUCAACAAUCAAGUUCAAACCGUGGUGAAGCACAAAACUUAGAUUCCUCAUCAUUGGGAGGUUCAGGAGGCGCUGGUAUUAAUGGUCAGUCAAGUAGUUUUGGUGGACUCGAUAGUCAAGGAUAUGGAGGAUCAAUUGAUGCUGGCAUUUCAAACAAAGCUAGUCAAGAUGAAAUAAAUUCUAAUCGUGAUAUAGGUUCUGACAUCGGAGGACUGUCUGGUCAAAGUGGUAAGUCAAGUGGUUAUGACAGUAGCAAUCAACGCCAGUAA